CUUCAUUGUUAAAUUCUGUCUUCUCUUUCUAUUCUCUUCUUCUUUAAAGCUUUCACUCUCUGUUCACUCUCCCUUAACUCAACGACCCUAUUUUUUUUUCGUUUUUGAAACUGGGUUUUCUCUUUUUUUUCUUUCCCUUCUCAAAGUCUUUGAAUUGAUAUAUCUCUCUCUCAUUUUCUGUUUUGGCUUUAAAGGAUUCAGUUUCCUGUAUUUUUGUGCUUAUUUGGGUUCAUUUUAAUCUGGGUUGUCUUACUUUUGGUGGAAAAAUAUCUCCUUUUGUUGAAAGAAUCAUUAUCAAGUGAGAAAACAGAGCAAAGGAAGGGUAGUUGUUUGAUGCUUUGGACCAACGGAAUUGGUAAAUGAUAACAGUCAUGGAUUCUAGGAAAGAACUCCCGAAGAAUUCAGAAAAAUGCUUAGAUCCUCAACUAUGGCAUGCCUGUGCUGGUGGCAUGGUACAAAUGCCGUCAGUGAACUCCAAGGUGUUCUACUUCCCUCAGGGUCAUGCUGAACAUGCCAAUGGAAAUGUAGAUUUCGGGAGUCUUCCGAUUCCUUCACUUAUCCUAUGUAGAAUUUCUGCCAUCAAGUAUAUGGCAGAUCCGGAAACUGAUGAGGUUUAUUCUAAAAUUAUGUUGGUUCCUUUGAGAGAGAAUGAUUUUGGGUAUGAAGAUGAUGAUUUUGAUGGAAAUAGUGGGAUGGAGAAUCCUGAAAAACCAGCUUCCUUUGCUAAGACAUUGACUCAAUCCGACGCUAAUAAUGGUGGGGGUUUCUCAGUUCCGCGCUAUUGUGCAGAGACUAUAUUUCCUAGCCUGGAUUAUAAUGCAGAACCUCCUGUUCAGACCAUUCUUGCAAAGGAUGUGCAUGGUGAGGUUUGGAAAUUUAGGCAUAUAUAUAGGGGAACACCUCGUAGGCAUCUUUUGACUACAGGGUGGAGUAAUUUUGUGAAUCACAAGAAGCUUGUCGCUGGUGAUUCAAUUGUGUUUCUGCGAGCAGAGAAUGGAGAUCUUCGUGUGGGAAUUCGUAGGGCAAAGAGAGGAAUUGGGAGUGGGCAUGAGUAUCCAUCUGGUUGGAAUUCAGGGGGUGGAAGCUCUGCUUCACAAUUUGGGGGUUAUUCUCCAUUCUUGAGGGAGGAGGAUAGUAGAUUGAUGAGGAAGGAUUCUAAUGGGGAUCUGAGGGGAAAAGUAAGGGUUGACUCUGUGAUUAAAGCUGCAACUCGUGCUGCCAAUUGGCAGCCCUUUGAGGUUGUUUACUAUCCGCGAGCAAGCACUCCUGAGUUCUGUGUGAAGGCCUCAUCAGUUAGAGCUGCAAUGCAAAUCCAGUGGUGUCCUGGAAUGAGGUUCAAAAUGGCUUUUGAAACUGAGGACUCUUCACGGAUUAGCUGGUUCAUGGGAACAAUAUCUGCUGCUCAGGUUGUUGAUCCCAUCCUCUGGCCUGAUUCUCCAUGGCGUCUUCUGCAGGUAGCAUGGGAUGAGCCAGAUUUACUCCAUAAUGUGAAGCGCGUUAGCCCAUGGUUGGUUGAAUUGGUCACAAACAUGCCAGCAAUCCAUCUUAAUCCUUUCUCACCACCAAGGAAAAAGAUGCGACUUCCACAACACCCAGACUUUUCCCCGCUUAGCCAAAUUCCAAUGCCAUCAUUUUCCUGCAGCUCUUUCAGGUCCAGCAGCCCCGUAUGUUGCAUUACAGACAACAUUCCUGGAGGCAUACAGGGAGCCAGGCAUGCAACAUUCGGCUUAUCUUCAUCAGAUCUCCAGUCCAACAAGCUGCAGUCGGGUCUUUUUCCACUUCGUUUUCAUCAACUUGAUCAUGCUGCCCGACCUACUAGACUCUCCAGUGACAAUGGGAACAAUAGGAAUAUAUCUUCCUUGCUAACAAUGGGAAAUCCUACCCGCAGUUUGAAAGAAAGCAAUGAAAUAAAGACGCCCCAUAUCUUAUUGUUUGGUCGAGUCAUUUUCAGUGAGCAGCAGGGUUCUCAAAGCUGCUCAGGUGAUACAGUUGGAAACAGUUCAUCAGACGGGAAUACAGAGAAGACUGCAAUUUCUUCGGAUGGCUUGGGAUCUGCAUUACAUCAAAAUGCUCAGGAGAAUUCUUCAGAUGAAGGGUAUCGUUGGUGUAAAGGGCAUAAAAAAUCUGAUCUAGGCUUGGAGACUGGUCAUUGCAAAGUUUUUAUGGAAUCAGAGAAUGUGGGUAGAACCCUUGAUCUUUCGGUUCUUGGAUCAUAUGAAGAACUGCAUGGGAAGCUGGCCAACAUGUUUGGCAUAGAAAGUUCAGAGAUGCUGAGCAGUGUGCUCUAUUGUGACGCUGCCGGUUCUGUUAAACACACAGGAGAUGAACCCUUCAGUGAGUUUCUGAAGACAGCAAGGAGGCUAACAAUUCUUACGGAUUCAGGCAGUGACAAUAUAGGAAGAUAGAGAUCAAGGAAUUUUCGCUAAUUGUACAGUUUUCAAGUCUUUUGUUUUUAUUUUCAUUUCAUUUCUUCUUGGUAGUUGUGGCAAAGCUCCACUUCACCCAUUUUUGGGAUACUGUAAACCUCAUUUUGUCACUUAGCUUAAAUUAUCUUAUUUUCUAAUUCGAGUCCUUAGAAACUGUAAGCUUAUGGCAGAAAAAUCACUGGCCGUCAUUUUGCUCCUCAUGGAGUGUAUAUGGCCGCAAAAUGCUGAAUAAAAUGUUGCUAGUUAUGGCUUUUUGGCUUAUCUGCCUAAUAAGUGGAGAAAACUUUUCGUAUAAGAUGACUUCUAAGUUAUUUAUCAUGACUUAUCUGCCAUCUUCUUUGCAUUUAGCAUGGAGUUUCUGACAUUUGAUUCAGUGGA